AGAGCGUUUUCCAUCGCCGGCCAUCCCCCCCACGUCAAUCACCUCUUUCAAUAGAUUUUGCCUAUGGGGUGCACGACAUCGCCGGAGUCAUGACGUGCCUCUGAUUUCCUUGCAUUCACGGCCUCUCUCACAAACGAAGAAACAGGCUGAAGUGAUUCAGGCGACGAUUGUGGUGGUUUGUUUUUUGCUCAAUUUUGCCUAUGGUUGCCUAGAGGCGAUUAACGUGGUUGGCCUAGCAAGACCGCCAGCUGCAACGACUACAACUACAGGUUUUGGUGCAAUCGCCUUUUCCUUCAUCAAUAUCUGAUAGAAUUGGUUUACAAUACUUUCUCUCCACUACUGCUCCGUUCGUAUAUCACCCAAUUUUUUCAAGAGUAUUAUCUUAAGCCAUUUCCAAGAGCUAAACUAAAGGGAUAAAUUCCCCUUCUAAGCACAUAUCUACUUGACUUGUAACCUACUGCGGCAAUACAUGAAUGAAGGGCUCAAUCGGGGCACAAGUUGUUGCGAAUUGAUGGGUGCUACUACAAAAAGAAGAGGAAAAAAUUGCAGGCUGAACCUAACACCAAGUGUAUUUUUUGAGGUUAUGAGGUAGCAAUUGUGUGUCACCUAGGAUAAAUCAUGGCAGGCUCUCUUAAAAAAUGGGAUUCUUGCACUUCAUAUCUCAUAUAUUUAAUUGAUAUAUCAUCUUACUACUUUUUUCUAUUAAUUGAUAUAUGUAGCUGUGAUGUUUUAACACUACUGAUACUUAACUCUUGCUCAUGUUGUUCACCUUUAAAGGUAUAGGAUGGAACCACACAUUACUGACCUAAAAAUCAUGCCAUACUUGCUAUACGGAAGAUGAGAAUUUGGAAGGUGAAGAAAGAAGGCUUGAUAUUUUGCUAACAAAGUUUACUGGUAAAAGUUUAAUUCUGAUUGGCUGUGCAACUUCUAUUUGUAGUUUGAUUCUAUUUUUGUUUGCUUCAAAGAGUCUUAGAUUUGGCUAAAUUAUUGGUGAUGAAAUUGGUGGAUGUAUACACACACUGCUGUUUGUUACACCUUGGUACCAAAAUCUAUACUCAAAUUUUGACCAUGUUGUCCUUUAUUGAGACUACACUUGAGUUUAAUAAGUUUGAAUAUUGGUAAGGAUGUUUUUUUUGGUUUGUUUGGAUAUUGGAUGACAGAUUUUGCUUUAAUCGUUAUUUUGGGUUGAGAAUUGAGAUAAUUGGUGUUGUCGUGUUGUAGUUGUUGGAGCAUGAGAGCUUGGAGUUUGGUUAUAAUGCUGGAUUUUUUUCUUUCAACUAAAAGAGGGAAAAAGGAAAAGAAAAAAAGUAGAACUACACUCUUCUUAUGGGCUUCUAUAGGUUCUUAGUUCUUUCACUCUUCUACAUUUUUUUAAUAAAAUUAUUUUUAAAAAAAAAUUAAACUACAACAUUAUUGAAUAUCUUAAAUCUGGAAUUCUUUAUAAAAAUGAUUAUUUCUACUCAAACAACACAUUACGCCUUUGAGUAUUCAUCUAUUUUGUCCAUCAAAUAUCAUUAAAAAAAUGCAAACAACACUCGUAUAAAUCACGAACCCGUGCGAAGCACGGGGUAGAAAACUAGUUGUGUUAAUAAAACAACAACAAAACAAAACAAAACAAAAGAAGAAGAAGAAAAGAGAGAUAUCAGCAACUAACGAACAACCAUUUAGUGUUCUCAUAUUGAAGUUGGGGUGCUAAUAAUAAAGUUUAGGCAAAUUCAAACACCAUCAAGUCUAAGUUGAGUCUAAUAAUAAAGUUUAGGCAAAUUCAAACACCAUCAAGUCUAAGUUGAGUAGAACAGUCAAUAAGUAAUCUUCCUUCAACCACACCCAUUAACACAGCACAUGCAUGCCGCAUGUAAAAGACAUAAUAAGGUAGUAUUUAGCUAGGAUAGACACGCGCACGCGCGUAUUAAGACACAUCAGCAGAAUUGCAAAUCUCAUUCAGGCGGCGGGAUGAAUAACGUUGCUUCAAAUCUUCAAGAUAGCGCUACAUGCAUUCAAUAAUAAACUAGAACCUGAGAAGAAACCAUGUCACCACUCUUCUUUGGUCCCAUGUUUUUUCCACGUAAAUUUGUUAUCUCCUUCUCAGAAUUCUGUAUCAACUUCAUUGCUUCCACGGUGGUAUUUCUCUCAUCCCAUGUUAUGUAGAAGUAGUCGUCAUACUUGUAAUUUUUAUUACGACUUUUUAUGAACUUCGAUACAACCCUUUCCUAUAUAAAAUAAUAGGAAAGUUGAGGGAGGUUAAAUAUAUUUUCUAUUAGUGACCAAUUCUUUUCAUUUUCUUUUUGAUAAUAAAAUACUGAUCUCAUUAUUAAUAUAUAAAAAUUUAAUACUGUCACUAAUAGGUAUCAAGUAAUUAGGCAACAUGGCUUCUAGCACUAUUAGUUUUAGUUUAAUUUGAACGGAUGAUAUGAUAACAGAUACUGUAAUUUAUAUAGUUAUACUAGGCUAGAUGUUGAAACUAAGUAUCUUUUGGUUGUGGAUUCUCUAUACCAUAGGUUAUUACCCAAUAUAUUUUAGAGGUUGUCUAAUUGUUUAAUUAUUCAAUUGUAUACCUUGUUGUUUUUCUUUGGUUGUUUUUAUGUUCAUAUUCUGAUUGUGCAUUUCUUUAUUACUCUUCUUUACUAAAGUAUCAUUUGGCAAAUGAAAAUAUUGCCUCCUAUUUGUAUCUUGUCUCUAGGGUUUAUAUUUCUCACUUGUGAUGUUCAUUCUCACACUUUUCUCUAUUUUCUUGGACUCGAGUACGAUAGCUGCACAACACCACCCGGCGCAACAACCCUCCAUCAUCUCAGCUCCCUACAUCUUCCUCCCUAAGGAAAGCAUUGCUUAUUCUAAAUAAAUGGUAUUAAAAGAAUUGUGAUUUUCUUGUCUCAACCAAAAAGGUAUGUAAAUAUAUCCUCAAUUAAGAAAAACUCACCUUUUUAUCAUCCUAAGAUUGUAUGUAGGUUUAAUGUUAUCAAUUUAUAGUGUUGGAUGGUUGAAUUAAUAUUUAGUCAGUAAAAAAUGAAUAAAACCUUUUAAGUCAGAGAUCUUGUCCCAUGUAUAUUCUUUGUUUUUUGCCUAUGUUAUUGUGAAUUUCCUACCGAGUUUAACUUCAACUAGGGAGGGCAGGGUGUAUUAAUGCAGAAAGAUAGAUAACCUUAUAUGUGUUUUUAUGGAAUUAAUGCUACAAAUUGUGGAUGAGUUGAUCUUUUUCAGAUUUGUUUUUCAGAAUACAAGCCUUAUUGAGCAAAAAAUUCUACUUUCUGCAGAUGUCAGACGUAUUAUCAAAGAACUGCUACUUCAGAGACAUUCUUUUGGGUCUGGUGUUAUGCAAAGACCAUCAUAUCUAAUGUCUCUAAAACAGAGUUGAAGAAAAUCAAUUUAAAGGCAAUGAAGGACUUCAAAACAAUGGACGGGGCUAGAAGGACUCACUACAAGAAAAAAGAGUUACAAGGACACUAAUUAAGGACACAUAAUUUAGGAUGUGUCAUUAAAAACUUUUUAAGACACUCCAUCUUAAAAGAAUAAAUGAGGACUUCACGUGUAUAUACUCCCCAUCCCUUAUCAAACUUCUACCCUAGUUUCACUUUCAUACGCAGCCAAAGGAAUUAGAUCUAAGAUGUGGAGGAGAGUCUGAAAUCAGAAAAAAAGAGCAAAACAGAUACACGACGAGCGAAGUAGAGAGAUGAGCGAGGCUCAUCCUCUUCAUUUAGCACGAAGCAGAGAACUCGAGGAGACUACCGACCCAGGAGAACUAAUGCUGCGAGAUGCACAGAGCCGCAUUGAAAAAAAUUUGAACUAAAGGUGAAAUUAGUAGAGCACCACGGAUAGCAGUGUAAACCUCUCAAUCAAGCUUGCUUUGAAGCUAUUCACAUGAGCUUCCUUGGGUGAUAGCUUAGAGCUCCUUUUCUAAUUCAAGGCUGACACAUAUCAAGGGUGAGAGAUGUUCUUACAAUAUUGCCCCAUCAGAUGUCAUGGUCGAUCCUCAACAGCUUCCACAAUGAUGUGGAUUUGAUGCCCACCUGUGUCGUGUCGAUUGCUCCUAAAACUGGGUCUAGUACAUGGAAAAGAUCUUGCUUACAAUGAAGCUUUGGUUGAGUUACCUGAUUCUAGUGGUAGUGGAUUGAUGAUGCUACAAUAUAUCUUCCGAGUUACACAUUCAAGUAGAGGUUGAUCGACAAAGUUCGACACAAGUGGAUCGAAGUGGUUGAUUCAUAUAUUCAAGCACGUGAAGAAACCUAAUAAGCAUACUUGAAACAAAUCAACUCCUAUCAAUAAAUGUAUGAAGUGUACCAAUUCCUAGUAAAAUGUAUGGAGUCUACUUUGUAAAACUAUAAAAGGGUAACAAUUUAGUAUUAAAUUGCCAGUGUAUUGUUUUACCUAAAAACAAUAAAUUAGUUUCUUUAUACAUUGAUGACAAUUUAAAUGAUGAUUUGAGGAUAGAUAUCAUAUUUUUUACGAGAUAAUAAUGGGGGUGACCGUUGAGCAGCUCUAGGCUGCCGUACCCUCUCCGCCAUGGGCGGGAGUGGACCAGGCACCGGAUUUACCUAUGCCUUGGGAGGCCCCAAUACCGAACACGCUGCCACUUCUCAGCACAAGGGGAAGAAGACCCGAAGGAGUCGGAGGAGGCCUGGCAAGGCUAAGAUGAUCGAAGAGGUGCUAGUGGAAGACAUUCCAGAAGGGGAGGACGACGAGUCCAGCGAGUGUCGAGUAUCAACCUUCAAGCACCUGGGGGCGAUGAGACUCAUGUGUCGGCUCUCAACAAGCUCAACUAGGGACAAGAGGGUCGUCAGGGCUACCUUUGCCAACAGAUUUUCAGAGGGCAAGAGGAGGCACGCCGAGGAGUCGGCGACCUCAGAUGCACGCUCGGUAGGGCGCGAGCGCACCAACGGCCGAAACCUUGUAAGCUCGGUCCUCGUGAAAGAAGAGGGUGGAGCCCAACACCUGGUGUACUACACGGCAAAGACACUAAGGCAGCCUGAGUUCAGAUAUUCUAUAGUUGAGGAAACAGUUCUAGCUGUGGUUUCCACCGCGCAGCGGUUGACACCCUACUACCAAGCACACCCAGUUCAAAUGGUGUUUGGCCAUGUCUCUACAGAGUUUGAGGCAAAAGACGAAAGAAAGAAGAAGUAUAGGGAUGCCGCCGUAGAGUUGUUGAAGGGUUUCACCGCUUACAAUGUAGAGCGAAUCCCUUGCGCGGAGAAUGUCAAGGUGGACAUUUUGUCAAAGUUGAGCUUCGAGACACCCGAGCAUAUUUGGCGAAUGGCGAACGUGGAGGAGCUGACCAAGCCAAGUAUCCAUACCUUCAUAGUGGAAAAGAUCUGCGCACAACCAAGGGAUUGGACAGACGACAUAGUCGUGUGCGUUAAGGACGGCGUACUCCCGGAUGAUGCGACGAAGGCCACGCUGGUCUGGUCUAGAGCAGCGGGGUACACCCUAGAAGAUGGAAAACUAUACAAGCGAGCUUAUAACGGUACGCUGCUCAGAUGCCAAAGCGAAACAAGUCAAGGAGGAGGUACAUGUUAGGAUAUGCUCGGCUCAUCAAGGGGAGUACGCAGUAUCGCGAAAGAUUACCCUCCAGGGGUAUUUUUGGCCCAUUAUAGUAAAGGAUUGUGCAGAUU